AUGGCGACUAGGGGCACCAGAUCGGAGAAGGUUCGCCGAAUUUUCAACCAAUUUGACGCGAACCGUGAUGGGGGCCUCAAUCGAGAGGAAAUGGCGUCGCUGGUGGGUGCCGUGAACCCUAGGGUGAAAUUCAGCGACGAACAAAUCAACGCGAUCCUUGACGAGGUGUUCCGAACCUACGGCGAAUUCAUCGACGGCGACAAGGGUCUAACGUACGAGGGUCUGUUGCGCACGUACGACGACGGAGCCGGCGACGUCGACCGUGAUUUCGACGCGCUUGGCCUUGACCUCGUCAACGACGCCGUGAAGGAGCCCCUUGCAGCGUCGGAGGCGUCAUCCUCGUCCAUUGUCGACGAGAGAAUGGCGGUGGAGACACAAAAGAAGCAGCGGACGGCCGCGUGGGCGGUGUCGCCGAACCACGGGAUCGUGUUCGACGAGACGUGGAAGAUUGUGGAUGAUUUGGAGCUUCUUGUCAAGAGGCUGAAGAUGAAGCAGUCCAAGGAAGGUGGGAAAUUGAAGAAUGACAACUUUGACGCAUAUUCGGAUGCCGGCUGGUCGCGCGAAUUGGGCCCCUCGGCCGAGAUUUCGGAGAAGAGAGUGUUUUGGGAGGAGUCAGGGCAUGAUUAUGCAGUGUUUUUGAAGGAAUUGGGAGGGUUGAGAGGGAGAGCUGAUGGUGCUAGGUCAAGAGAAGAGGCAUUUGAUGGGCACAUGGCAAUUGGGAGAGUUUUGUAUGAGCAUCAGUUGUUUAAGGAGGCAUUGGUUAGUUUCAAGAGGGCUUGUGAGUUGCAGCCUGUGGAUGUGAGGCCUCAUUUUAGAGCUGGGAAUUGUUUGUAUGUUCUUGGCAGGUACAAGGAAGCCAAGGAGGAGUUCCUCUUGGCUCUUGAGUCUGCUGAGGCUGGUGGCAACCAAUGGUCUUACUUGCUCCCCCAGAUUUAUGUCAACCUUGGCAUCGCCCUUGAGGGUGAAGGGAUGGUUUUGAGUGCCUGUGAGUAUUAUAGGGAAGCGGCGAUUCUUUGCCCCACACAUUUUAGAGCCUUGAAGCUCUUAGGUAGUGCACUUUUUGGUGUGGGGGAGUAUAGAGCGGCAGUGAAGGCAUUGGAGGAGGCAAUUUUCAUGAAGCCGGAUUAUGCUGACGCCCAUUGUGAUUUGGCCUCGGCAUUACAUGCCAUGGGUGAGGAUGAGAGGGCAAUUGAGGUGUUUCAGAAGGCUAUUGAUUUGAAACCUGGUCAUGUGGAUGCACUUUAUAAUUUAGGUGGGCUGUAUAUGGACCUGGGUAGGUUUCAGAGGGCAUCUGAGAUGUAUACAAGAGUAUUGGCCGUGUGGCCGAACCAUUGGCGAGCCCAGCUGAACAAGGCGGUAUCCCUUCUGGGAGCUGGGGAGACUGAAGAGGCCAAAAAAGCAUUGAAGGAAGCUUUGAAAAUGACGAAUAGGGUUGAGUUGCAUGAUGCAAUUUCGCAUUUGAAGCAGCUGCAGAAAAAGAAGACAAAAGCUAGCAAUGGAGGUGUUCCUGGGGAGGCAUCUUUUGUUAUGGUGGAACCAUCCAAGUUUAAGGUAGUUGGAGAGCGGACUACCGGGAGGCAAGAGCUUGCCACUGCUCUGCAGAUCAGAGCGCUUCAGAGGGUUACUAGGUUGAGCCGUUGCAGUGUAGAGCUUUUGAAGAAGGAGAUGAGUGAACGUGACAUGCCAGUAUCCUAUUCUGGUAGUGGAGUUCCUGAAAAGUCCAUCCGGAAGCCGAGUUUGGAAGAAAUUCUUCACAGAUUACUCAGUUUUCUGAAGCCUGAGACUUUUCAAGGGGCUGUGAAAGCCAUAAAUGAGAGGAUUCUUUCUGUUUUGGAUGAGAACGGUUCAGGCAGGCUUGAUCUAGGAAUGUUUUAUGCUAUUCUUGCUCCUAUAUGUGGUGGUCCUCCGGAUAGACGCAAAAGGGUUGCUUUCGAUGCACUUUUGUGGCGUCCUAUGAAUGAAGAUGGUGCCAAUAUUAGAAAAGUUGAUGCCACUGAGUACAUCAAAUUGUUAAGGGCCGUCUAUCUUCCUAGUCAAGGGGUUAGUGAAUUAAUGGAGGUUCGUGGAGAGUCAGACACUUCAAUGGUGUCUUUCUCUGAGUUUCUAGUUAUGUUUGAUGAUCCAGAUUGGGGUUUUGGUAUCAUGCCUACCCUAGUAAACCUUGAGACAGGAGAUAGAAACCGGCAUGGCAGCACGGUGUGCUCGGUUUGCCGCUACCCAAUUAUUGGUUCUCGGUUUAAGGAGAUAAAAUAUCAUUUUAGUUUGUGUAACCAAUGCUACAGUGAGGGAAAGGUGCCUUCUUCGUUUAAGCAGGAAGAGUACAGAUUUAAAGAGUAUGGAAGUGAGGGUGAAGCCAUGAAAGAUAAGUGUACUUGCUUCAAUUUGCAAUCCCGUAGUGAACAGUAG